AUGAAGAAUGGCCAGGGGACGGCCAGCGGAGGAGGAAUGUUGGCUAUUAAUGGGCUGAGGCAGGUGGCUGGAAGUGAAGGAGGCGAGACCAAGGAUGGUACUAUUAGCUCCACCAUGAAAACCAUUGCUGAGUGUAGUUGCAAAUUUGCUAUAGACUAUUUGAAAAGGCACUUCAAGGAGAACUCUGAGAAAAAUAUGAUUUUAUCCCCAAUAUGUGUGGAGCUGGCAUUGAUCUCGCUCUACGCUGGUUGCCGCGGAACCACUGCUGAACAAAUAAGACAGGUUCUUCGCUUCCCUUUGACAGAAACUGAGACCUCUACAGAUGUGCCUUUUUUGGGGAGUCCCUGUGAUAAAUCUGGCGGAGUUUACAACCAUUGGAAGAAAGUCAUGUCAGCCAUCAUUCAGCAUUCCGAAAGCUAUCGGCUGAAGAUAGCCCACCGGCAAUUUGUAUUAAAAACUUUUGAAGUCCUGCAGAGCUACAGAAGUUGCAUUAAAGAGCUAUGCAAUUCGGAAGUGGAAAGCGUUGACUUUGUGAAUGCAACUGAGAAAGUUAGAAAGCAAAUGAAUUCCUGGUUUGAAAGCCAAACACAUGGUGUAAUCAGCAAUGUAUUGACUGCUAACUCCAUUCAGUCAUCAUGUCUCCUGCUGUCAGCAAGUGCUGUCUAUUUCAAAGGAAUGUGGAACUCACAGUUUAAUCCAAUGGAAACACACCAAGCAGCCUUUUGGACUUCCAAGGAUCAGAGCAUUUAUGUGGAAAUGAUGACUCAACGGGGCAAUUUUAACACAGUUACUAUAACGACUCCAUCAAUGAAAGUGCUGGAGUUUCCUCAUGAAAAUGAAGAUAUCUGUUCUUACUUUUUUAUACCAGACGGCCGUGUAACUACAGAUGAGAUUAUACAGAUUCUCUCUUAUGAAAAGUUUCAAGAGUGGACUUCUCCAGAAAAUAUGAGAAACAUACCAGCUAAAGUUUACGUGCCAAAGCUCAAAAUGACAGAUGAUUAUUCGAUGAAAUCGGACUUGGCAACAAUGGGAGUGACUGAAAUGUUUAUGCCAGAGAGAGCCAAUUUAUCUGGCAUAUCUGGGAAGCCGGGCUUGUAUGUGACUGACAUGCGGAUUAAAACUUACUUUGAAAUGAGUGAAGAGGGUGCAGUUGCAGCUGGUGCCUCUCGUGCAGAGAUAGGUCAUGGGAGUCACUCUAAGGUGAAAUGUAAUCGCCCUUUCAUUAUCAUUGUGAUAUAUAAACCCUUGCGCGUCAUCCUUUUCUUCUUCAGAAUUUGUAAGCCGCAGUGA